CCAGACAUUAACCCGGAGAAGAUUGUUUUUAAGAUUAGUAAUACAUCACAUGGUAUUACUGUAACAUGGCGGAUACCACAUCCAGAAAAAAAUCCCAAAUGUUAUUCAACUGAAGUGGAAUACAAGAGCCAAUGUGUCAAAGACUGGAAGAGAGGUCAGAGGAUUGAAGUUAAACAAGAACAUGAUGUGUAUAAUUUGACCCUGUCCACCCUCAGCAUAAAGGUGAAUUACGAUUUCAGAAUAAGAAUGAAGUGGUGGUGUUUGGACAAGAACUGGAGCAACUGGACAAAAGUGCAAAGUUGGGGAAACAAUAAAGGUGCUUGUAUGGUAGAAUCACCUGCCAGCAUAUGGGUUUAUUUUUUGAUAAUUGUGCUGCCACUGACUGGCUUACUUCUUGUUUAUCUGCUGACUCAACAGGGAAUUAGAAGACGGAUCCUACCUAAAGUACCAGAUCUCAAACACUUCAAAAAUGAAAUCAUGGACAUUGAUCAUUCUCAGUGUUGGGGGAACCUUACGCAGUUGAAUGAUGAGUGCACAACGACAGAUAUUGAGAUUAUUGACAAGAACGAAACGGAAGAGCAACAUCAAAUUUUGGUAAUGCAGCCCAUCGACACCAGCUCUGAGCAACAUGACAACAUGUACUGCAUCUACUCCUCUGAAACAUCUGGUGAAAACACAGAACCACAAUACUCUCAGAUGGUGUUGGGGUAUAUAACCCUCUAAAACCACUGAGAGUGACUGAAAUCAUGUGACUUCUUUUCAGACUGAUUGGUGUAAAACAUUACAAACUUCAUGAGUUGAUCUUUAUUGCUAUCUAGAGACAAAACCUGUCUCAAGUUUGUGGUCAUCACAGUUUGGAAGCUUAGCAUGGCCUUGUUAGCCCCCGCUGGUAGAUCAUGUAACUACACAAUAUGAUACAGAUACAAAAAGCAUCUUUCUCCAUUGACAGCCACUCAAAAUUAGCCAUCCGAUGCAACUAAAGUCUGCUUAUGCUGCUUAUUUCCAGGGCAAAGUCAAACAAGUGCCUUAGAGAUGAAUGCUAAUGGAUAUUUUUCUCUAGGCAUAGAUCUCAUUGCUAAAGUCUGUGAUUAGGAUUAUGGUUAAAGCAAGCUGGAGCAAAGAACAUCAUUCAAGCAUAUCUGUAACAAUGUGAGUGCAAUGCAAUAAUUGGACAAUGGAGGGCACUCUGACUAUCCUGAAGUGUUAAAGAGUUGAACAUAUCAAAGCCAACACACUCUUCACAGCAUCACAGCCCUCUCUUAAGGGAGGAUGUACGUUAAUUUGAAGACUGAUUUAAAAGAUUAAUGUGAAACUGCAUAAUAGAUGUAGAAUUUCAGUGUGAUGGCGUAACAAAGCCAGGGCAGCAGCCACACACUCCGAACUGUUGUGAUUGAUGAACUGGAAAGUGGGUGAGUGAGAAUGAGCAAAUAAUCAUUAAAAGAUAGAAGCAACAGUGAACAGCACACAGGUGGAUAACUAAAAAUGAAAAUAUACACUGUUUCAGUCA